AUGGAAGAUGCGGAUGUUACAAUAACUCUAGCUUCGGUUAAACAGGUUCAGGAUAGAUUUGCCAAUGUGCUGUUUGGGUAUUUCUUGGGUAAAAGACUAGCGUUUCCGUUCAAGUUAAAAGAAGGAAUGGAUCAAGUCUUACAAGACGGACCUUGGCUUAUAAGAAAUAUACCAUUGUUCUUGAAGCAAUGGACACCAAACACUGAACUGAAAAAGGAGGAGCUAAAGAAAAUUCCAGUGUGGGUUAAGUUGCAUGACGUUCCAUUGGCGGCAUACACGGAAGACGGUCUUAGCUUGAUUGCUUCCAAGAUUGGAUGUCUAAAGGUAUUGGAUAUUGAAACGACAAAAAUGUGCUUAGACUCUUGGAGUAGAAGUGGCUAUGCUAGAGCCAUUGUUGAGUUAGAUGCUGAUAAGGAACUGAAAGAGAUGAUUACUAUGGCUAUCCCGAAUAUGGAAGAAGGUGGUUUUUUGAAGAGUGAGGUUAGGGUGGAAUAUGAAUGGAAGCCGCCAAAAUGUAAUCCGUGCAAUGGUUUUAGGAGUGGGAUUAACAGGAGAAAGGGUAUGAAGCAGCAUUUUCAUGUCAAUGAAAAAACGAAGUUCGUGUAUAGGCCAAAGAAACAGGCUGAGAAGCUGAAUUCUAACACGCCAAGUUCGUCUAAAGGACCUCAGUUUGCUACUAGUAAUCAAUUUAGUGUUUUAAAUGAGGUAGCUGAGGAACCGGAUGAUGAAGUUCUGGAAGUUAAACUAAGCUCGGAUGAUGGGAUGCCAAAGUUCAUGGGGGAAAACUUUAAUGACGAUACGGUUAAAACAGGUGCAAGCACACCUGUUGAAGGGGUAUUAGCUAUAUUAGAAUCGCAUGUAAAGGUUCAAAAUCUCAGUAAAAUCUGUAGGAAUGUUUUUCGGAAUUGGGAUUGGUCUUCGAAUGGUAAUGUAUGCAUCAAAGGUACUAGAAUAAUUUUGGGUUGGAAUAUGGAUCAUGUCGAUGUUAUGGUGUUACAUGUUACGGAUCAGGUUAUUCAUACGCAAAUAUUGUUCAAAAAAGAAAAGACCAUGCUUUAUGUUUCAUUUGUUUAUGCUAGUAAUAGUGAUCAAGAUCGAAAACAGCUGUGGAAUGCUCUUCGAAUGCAUAAACGGAUUGCCAUGGAUAAACCUUGGGCCAUCAUGGGGGAUUUUAAUGUGGCUCUUAAUCUUGAUGAUAAAAGUAUGGGAUCUUCCGUUGUUACCAGCGCUAUAAAGGAUUUCAAUAAGUGUGUUAAUUGUAUUGAAGUUAUGGAUGUUAAGGUUCAUGGUAUGCAUUUUACUUGGAAUCAAAGGCCGAGGAAUGGUGUGGGGAUUCGGAAAAAGUUGGAUAGAAUUAUGGCAAAUGUGAACUUUAUUGACUCGUUUAUGGACGCGUAUGCUAGUUUUCUUCCUAAUGGCAUUUCGGAUCACUGUCCGUGUGUGUUAAAGCUUAUGAAGACCAGCCGUAAUAAACCAAAACCUUUUAAGUUUUCUAAUCUAUUGGCUCAUAAAAAGGAGUUCAUGGCUGUGGUUAAGACGGGAUGGGAAAUGACAGUUGAGGGGGUGCCAAUGUUUAGAUUGGUAAAGAAACUUAGAGGUUUAAAACACCUGUUUAGAUCUCUAUUGCAUAAACAAGGAAAUCUCCAUAGAAAAGUGUUAGACCUAAAGGAGGAGCUUGAUAAGUUGCAAACCAAGCUGGAUUUGGAUCCGUUUAACGUGAGUACUAAAGAAGCUGAAUCAAUGUGUGUUAAGAAAUACCAAGAUGCCUUGAUUGAUGAGGAAAGAUUUUUAAAGCAAAAGUCUAAACAAAAAUGGCUGGAGGUUGGCGAUGCUAAUACUGCUUUCUUUCAUAGUGCAGUAAAGUGCAGGAACCAUAUUAAUAAAAUCCAUAUAAUUAAAGAUACCUUUGGUAAUCUUCACGAAGGCGAUGGAGUAGCAUUAGCUCUGGUGAACCAUUUUCAGGGUUCUUUUGGUACUAAGGGCGGCUUGGGGAAGAGAGUGGAUAAUGAUAUUUUUUCUAACAAGCUUCAAUCACAUGUCGCUGAGUCCAUGAGUCGGCCGGUUACUCAAGAUGAGGUAAAAAACGCUAUUUUUCUAUUAAUGAGAACAAGGCGCCUGGUCCGGAUGGGUAGAAUGCUCCAGGAAAUUACCCAUACGUUUAUUGCUCUUAUCCCUAAGGUUCCUACUUUGGGUGUAGUUACAGAUUACAGGCCGAUUUCGUGCUGUAAUGUUGUUUAUAAGGGGAUCAGCAAGAUAAUUACUAGCAGAAUUCUUGAAGGGUUGAAGGAGAUCGUUAGUGAUAACCAACCAGCUUUCGUCCCAUGUAGGAGGAUAUCGGAUAACAUAAUGUUAACGCAGGAACUUAUGCACAAUUAUCACCGUCAGGUUGGUCCUCCUCGAUGUGCUAUGAAAGUGGAUAUUAAAAAGGCGAUUGGAGGGGAUAUUAAUUCGGUUAAGCUUAUUUUGAAGUCCCUAAAGGAGUUUAAAGAUGUUUCGGGUUUAGUGCCGAGUAAUGCUAAGAGCACUAUUUUCCUUUGCAAUGUUCCGAAUCAUGUAAAGGAGAGGAUUAUAGAACUGAUUCCAUUUGAAGAAGGUAAACUGCCAAUCAAAUAUCUGGGAGUACCGUUGUUAGCUUCUAGGCUGUUAGUGAAAGACUGUCAAGUGCUGGUGGAUCAAAUGAACAAGAGAAUCAUGGACUGGAAGAACUGUUUUCUUUCUUUUGCUGGAAGAUUACAAUUAGUAAUUUCGGUGCUCUCGUCCAUCCAUGUCUAUUGGGCGUCAGUUUUCAUAUUACCGGCUAAGAUUAUAAAGGAGCUUGAGAGUAUAAUGAAAUGGUUUCUUUGGGGUUUUGGUACAGCCUCUAAAGGAAGAGCUAAGGUUGCUUGGAAGGAGGUCUAUCUACCUAAGGCCGAAGGGGGUUUGGGGAUUAGGCGGAUUACGGACGUUAAUAAAUCGUUAAUGGCCUAUCAUAUCUUCAGUAUCCUUUCAGGCAGGAAGUCUUUGUGGACUGAUUGGGUGGAUUUAUAUAGGCUCAAGGGCCGAAGCAUAUGGGACAUCCCGGUUCACGAAUGCUCCUUAAGGAUGGAAGAAAUUAUUAAAAUGUAG